AUGGAAGAGAAAAGAGGGUCUCUAAUGAUUGUGGCCACUGUUCUUGCAACAAUGAGUUUCGGAAUUGCCAUAAACCCAUCAGGGGGUGUCUGGCAAUCUACCUCACAUCAAGAACAAGGUUGUGAACCUGGUAAAACAUGCUUAGCAGGUACUUCAGUUUUAGCCUUUGGCAACAACAACCAAAGGCGAAAAUUUGAGAUGUUCAUGCUGUUAUGUACCAUAUCUUUCACAGCAUCUCUCAGCACAAUCAUAUUACUCAUCUGUGCAGUUCCCCUUCGUAACAAGCUUAUCAUGUGGUUCCUCACCAUUCUCAUGUUCAUCUCACUAGUUUGCACAGCAGGAGCCUACGCAAUUUGCAUUUGGAUGAUACUCUUUCCUCUUGGUGAAGCAGUUCAACUCGCCACCUCAAUUUAUGCAUGGUUUUGGGUAGGGUUUACUGUUUUCGUGUGUGUGGGUUUCUUCUGUCGCCUUGCGUUUUUGUUUCUCAGCAAGUUUUUCCGCUCCUUGUGUUGCUGCUAG